UGUUUGUGGCGGUUAAGAUGGCGGCGCUCGGAGACACCUCAGCUCCGGGGGUGAACGGGUUAAUACAACAAUUCACAGCAAUAACAGGAGCCACAGAAAGUGUAGGGAAACAUAUGCUUGAAGCAUGCAACAACAAUCUGGAAAUGGCAGUGACCAUGUUUUUGGAUGGAGGAGGUAUAGCAGAGGAGCCCAGCACCAGCACCAGCUCCAGCUCCAGCUCAGCACCGUCAAGCAGCAGAGCUCCACCAACAGAUGAAGUGCGAGCACCCAUUCCCCAGAAACAAGACAUACUAGUGGAACCAGAGUCAUUAUUUGGAGUGCCAAAGCGAAGACGGCCUGCUCGAUCAAUAUUUGACGGUUUCAGAGACUUCCAAACAGAAACAAUCCGCCAGGAACAGGAGCUACGGAACGGUGGAACGGUGGACAAGAAACUUAGCACUCUGGCAGACCUUUUCCGUCCUCCUAUUGAGCUCAUGCACAAAGGCAGCUUUGAGACGGCUAAGGACUGUGGGCAGCUUGAGAACAAGUGGCUUAUGAUCAACAUUCAGAAUGUUCAGGACUUUGCGUGUCAGUGUCUGAACAGGGAUGUGUGGAGUAACGAUGCAGUGAAGAACAUCAUCAGAGAACACUUCAUAUUCUGGCAGGUAUACCACGAUAGUGAAGAGGGACAAAGGUAUAUCCAGUUCUAUAAGCUGAAUAAGUUUCCCUACAUUUCCAUCCUUGAUCCCCGCACAGGUCAAAAAAUGGUAGAGUGGAACCAACUGGAUGUGGCAUCAUUCCUUGAGCAAGCCACCGGCUUUCUGGCAGAGCAUGGGCAGCUGGACGGGCCAUCCUGCCACGCACCCCCCGCCAAAAGGGCUCGCUCUGUGGGUCUCCUACUUCCUGAGAGCCUUAUUGAUGCCAGUGAAGACAGCCAGCUGGAGGCAGCGAUCAGAGCCUCCCUACAGGAAACUCACUAUGAGUCCUCCAAUGUCCCUGAAGCCCCCGACUCUCCCCAAUCAGAGGACGAGUCAGAUGCUGAGCCCUUCUCCGACAGCGAGGGACCCAUCUCUGUUGAUGGUUCAGACAGCGAAGGACCGGCACCCCACGAAGACAAAGGCCUACCCAGUAAACAUUCACCAGCCCCCUCAGCCACGGCGGCCCAGCAGCGUCUUCAUCCGGACAGUUCCACUUCCUCCCACAGAAAGUCCCCGUACAAAGAGAACAAUCACAGUCACAAGAAAGAGGAGAGCAAAAAGAACCACCUGGAGCCAUCAGCAGCAGGGCCUCGACAUCCUCAGCCCGCCGCUGACUCUGGGGCGAACCAGUGCACCACGCAAACCGAGAGUGCCGGAACCUCCAAGAUAAGCACCACCACAACCUGUGACGCAGACUGUCCUGACGACAACGGACCCAAAGCCAGGUUGAUGCUCCGUUACCCAGACGGACAAAGGGAGCAGAUUUCUUUGUCCUCUAAAGCAAAACUUCUGGCCUUGGUAAGACAUGUCCAGUCCAAAGGUUACCCCAAUGAACGCUUUGAGCUCGUCACCAACUUUCCCAGGAGGAAGCUCGCCCACUUGGACUAUGACAUCACACUGCAGGAGGCGGGGCUUUGUCCACAGGAGACUGUAUUUGUACAGGAGAGGAAUUAGGCUUCCCAGAUACGUCCAGCUCGUCCGUAUCUCUGGUAGACCUAACCAUUUCACCAACAAACUGGGACGAUGAUACGGGCCUUGAAUCCAUCACCCGCCGUUCAGGGUGCGGGCCCCAUCAUUGUGUGCCACAACAGCUAUUAGUGGAUGGACCACUGUCACCGCUACUCCACUUGACUCGAUACUGACAUGUUCGCUGACAGCCUAAUCCCUCUGUAGUGGUCUUCAAAUGGUCAGUAAGAGGUUACAGAUGUCAUCACUCUUUUUAUUUUUGUUUUUUAGAUAGAAUCAUAGUUCAGCUCUGAUGAACCUCUUUGAACACUGAAGCCCAUCAGGACAUAGCACAUUCACAUAUCUCCUGGUCAGAAAAAUCUCAACAACAGAUCACUUAUUCAUGAUGGCCCACUGGGGACUUGUACAAAAAUACUUUUACCUCCCAAAAAGGAUGUUAAAAGUCAGAGUUUAUUUUCUAGGACUGAUUGUUAUUUUCUGUACAUGGGGCAAGCAAAGGGAGGCUCAGUCUGUUGGGUUUUUUUUUUUAAUCUGUUAUUGUUUGAAAAGUUGUAAUUACUUGGAGAGCAGAAACGAUCAAAGAAAAGAUCCAAAAAAUUGCAAGCAAGCGGCGUUUGUCUUUUGAUACUGAGGGGAAUGAAUGGAAGGUGGUACAUCUCAUCAGUCGGACCUACACUGUACAGAGACGGCUUAGAGAGACUGAUUAUUAACUGUAGUCUUUGUUUCCUUCUUUUUUUAUAUGCUGCCAAGAAAAUAUGCUGAUGUUGAAAUAUAACCUCUAAAAACCAAGAGAUUCUGCUUGGUCUUUUGUUGAGAUUUCUUUCAAAGGUCAAAAUAGUAAACCCAAUUUAGAAAAAACCUGAAUGAACAUAGGUGGUCCCACAGCUGACACCAGGAUGUGGAGGGAGUCUUAGAAUAUUCAACAACCGUUUUCUUUGCCACUUUUUAUCCUGAUUUGUGGAUCAGUUGUGCCAAUUUCUAUCAUUUGCUCUCAACAGCUGUUAUCUCGUGGUUUCAGUUCUUUGAAUGGACAGGUGGUGGUGGUAAAGUGCCUUAAUUGCCAACAAUAAGUAAGCAGACUGCUGCCUAUGUCAAAAUGGAGGUUUUAAGAUACUCAAGCAAGCGUUCCCAUUUGUAAGACGAGGCAGAAAAUAUUGUGAGCAUGUUCAGAUUCUAUUGGUUUCGUUGUUUAAUUAGCAGGUAGGUGCAUUUGACAUUGAUUUUUUCCCCUUCUUAAUUUCUCUUAAUUCCGAAGUGGGUUUAGAAAAAAAAAAGAAACAUUAAGGGGCCAGUAACAUCACACUAUAACUAUAGUGUCAUGGUUAAAGCUGUGUGGUAAGACAGAGCCAGAAAUAUGCACACUCAUUGUGUUUACCCCAUUCAUGCAGCCGUGGGUACAUACAGCCACCAUCUAUAAAUAUCAAGCAUCCACUCUCCUGACUUCCACUCAAAGAUUCUCCACAAUUGGACCAAUUAAGUCCAAGAAUAUCAUUGAUUUCACAUCUUAAUAGCCAUGGCAGUUAAAUCAAUUAAUGCUGAUGUAUAAUGUUACUGAAUAUUUAACGUAAGUCAACAGAUUCCAUGUACUGAUCAAUACUGAUUCAGUCACUUUGGACUUUGGAUGGACACUUUGUGAUUUAGGGAGAAAACCCACCUGUGCACAUAAAGAAGUUUCAUCAUAGGUGGAGAUAAAGAUGAUCACUCAGAAGAACUUCCUAUUGAUUUUGGGGAGGCCUCCCCCUCAAAUGGGGACAUGCUAGAAAAAAAUGUGCCUCCUUUUGUUUAACACAUUGACUUUCUGGAGGCGGUUUAAUCAGGUCUCCAAUGUUAAAAAAAAAAAAAAAACGAAAGAAAAUAUGUGUAUUAUCAUAACAACAAAGUAUUCUUGUGUUUAUUGUGAUUUUUGUUCAGUUCAUUAUAGGUCAGCAUCUUAAAUGUCCAUGUUUUUCCCCCCUUAACACAAUAAAGCAAAAGAGCCCCAGCUGAUAGUGGGAACAGUUUCUUUGCGGGACAACAGUCAGAACUGAGGGAAAAGAUUUGCCGCUGUGUAAACAUACGAGUGCACUGACUCUUUCACACUCCCCCUCGCUGUGUGGAUUUUACAGUUGGUGACGUGCAUUCCUUCACCACCUGCUCUUUGUAUGAAGGACAAAAGGAGCGGACAGGAAAAUGUACUGCUGGAUUUAAUCCUAUAAAGGCUAAAAUUCCCCGCUGCUUUUUUACAUUUUUAUUAAACACAUCUUCUACCUGUUCAGGUGCUUAACCACUAGUUGAAUGUUUGUUUUAAAGGUAGCAUCUGGAGUCUAAGCAGCGUUUCUGUGAUCGAAAGCCAGAUUGUGAAGGAAUUGGCCUCUUCCCUUCAGAUUUACUUUAGAGUUUUGAGGACUUUACAGGUCGUAUUAUUUGUCUUUUUUUUUUUUUUUAUAACACCCCUGUUGAGGUUUUGCUCUGAUAUUGAGAUCUUAAGGGGACUGAAUGCUUCUGGCCAGCAGCGAGGACCUAUAUUCAUUUUACACGAAAGCUAAAAUUAUGAAUCAGUGCGGAAAUUUUUAAUUAGGUAACCAAGAUAGUAGCCCUUAGUCCUGGUUUGUUUAAAGGGCUGUGUGUUGCAUAACCGGCUGAUGCCCCCAGUCAUCUGUCGGCUUUUCAGGUAGUUCUAAGAAAGAAUCAAUAGAAGUUAAUGUGUAAUCACUGAGCUAAGGGAGAACAUCAUUUUUCACAUGAGGUUGGUUCUAUGUGAUGAGAAGCUCAUUUCAAAAGUCACGUCCUGUCUUCUGACUGUUCUAAAACUUCCCAAAAUAUCAAGUCGGCAUGUUUACUUACUGGUUAUUGUUUGUGUAAGAGUUUAGAAAAGUUUUGUGUUAAAAACUGAUCCUGUGGGGUUGUCCAUACAGCUUGGGCUACACAUCUCAACCUAAAUUUGAUCAUUUCGAUCUACCUUUUACAUAAAUAAA